AUGGAAACACGGAGCAAAAGGCUGAAGGAAAAUGACGAAAUGGAUGGUAAAAUUUCUAAAGCUGUUUGUGGUAUGUCUGAUGUUAAUGAUGAUAAAUGUGAUAAUGUUAGUAUUAAUAGUAUGUCCUCUAGUCAGCUUAGUACCUCUAGAUUAAAAUUAGAUAAAGCAUUACUGAAGAAAAGGAAUUUAGAAAAGAGACUUGAAUUAGAACGGCAACUUAAGAUGUUAGAUCUCCAAGAAGAGGUUGACAUCGCUGAAUUAGAAUACAAGGCCAUCGAGGACGAUGAACGAUUACCCGUAGAUAAAUGUGGGAUAAAUGCUGAAGUGAAAAAUUAUUUGGAUUAUGAUACUGGGUGUAAUAAUCACUCAGGGAAGGUAUGUAACAUCUCAAAUAUCGAUUGGGUUGAGGAACUGAAGGACACGUUACAUACAAUGGUUAGUAACAUGGUUUUACCUAGGAUCGAUAUGAUGUACUUUGAUGGGCAACCGGGUCAUUAUUGCCGUUUCAUUAGUCAGUUUAAUAGCCUUAUAGGGAGUAAAUUGUCAGGUAAGGGCCAAUUGUUGUCGUAUUUGUUAUACUAUUGUAAGGGAAAGGCCAGGACAGCUAUUGAAGCUUGCAUUUCAUUACCCAUUCAUUUGGGUUACGAUAGAGCUAAACAGAUUUUGUAUGACCUGUUUGGUGAGGAACACCUUGUUGCUCGCGACAUGAUUACUGAGUUACUUAACCACAAAUCUGUUGAAGGAUCAGCCGAUGGCUUAACUGACUUUGCAAUUAAGCUACGUAAUGUAUGCAUAACGUUUCAGGAAAUGGGGUAUAUGUCUGAUAUGAAUUCUCCGGCUAAUUUGGAAAGAACUGUGUCAUGUUUACCCCUAGAAUUACAGAAUAAGUGGGUGGAAGUUGCCGAUAAGAUCAUGAUGACCGAGAGGGAGCCGGUCUUUGAAGAAUUUGUGAUCUUUGUAGAAGAAAGAGCCAGGAUUUCUCGAACACGUUUCGGUAGAUUGGCACAUUGUAACUCAAAGUCCAGUAAAAGUAAUUAUGAAAGCAAAGUUGAUAAGAGAUCGCGUCUUAAUGUAGUUAAGCUGGAACCAAGCAACUCAUUCACGGCUCUCAGUUGUGAAAUUUGCUUUGCUGAUCACAAAGAGACAGAUUGUGCGAAGUUAUUGAAAAUGAAUGUUACAGAAAGGAGACAGGAAAUGAGAAGACGUGGUCUAUGUUACCUGUGUUUAAGGAAGGGUCACAUGGCUAAGUCAUGCAACUCGGAUAUCAAGUGUGACGUUGGUAAUUGCAAGGUUCUGCAUAAUUCAUUGCUACAUAUUGAUGGUAUUAGUAACCGUGUAGUAAACGUAGUUAAGGAUUGGAAUUCGUCGAAGGUUUGCUUGGGUAUCAUUCCGGUCAGAUUGUAUGGUUCGAAAGGAACAUUGGAAACGUACGCCCUUCUUAAUAGUGGUUCAGAUACUUCUCUUGUAUGUGAAGAGUUAAUUAAUCAGUUGGGUCUCAAAGGUAAGGAGACUUCGAUAAAGGUAACGACUGUGAAUGGAACUACUACUUGUGAAUGUUUGGAAGUAAAUUUAGAGAUAUUUUCAUUAGAUGAACAGGGUUAUGUGAAGAUCAACAAGGCUUAUACGACUAAGAAGUUUCCGAUCGAUUGUGUAGAACCUUUAACCGAGGAACAGCUGCGAUCGUGGGAGCAUUUGAAAGACAUCACCCUCCCGACGCUGCAAAGUAAUCCAGUAGGAGUGUUGAUUGGGUGUGACACUCCAGACGCACAUUGGGUUCUGGAACAACGUCUGAGAGACCGGGGACAUCCGUUUGGUGUGCGUACGCCUCUCGGUUGGAUGGUUUUAAGUCCCAGGGAGUCUUAUAGGUCCAUAAAUACAGUACACAGUUGUCAUUCUCAUGAUGUUUCUCCGGAUCUAGAAAGAUUAUAUAGUUAUAAGUUCGAGGAGGGAGACUAUUUUGGUAAACAGGGUUCACUUAAAUCAAAGGUUUCUGUAACAGUGGAACUAAACGAAGAAAUGUGUUUGGAAAAUUCGCUUAAUAAACGGCAAUAUAAUGUAAGUGUUGAUGGGUCUCGUAAUGAAUUUUACGGAAAGGUAGUAGACAAUUCAUCUGUAUUUCCAAAAGAUCUGAUGUUCAUAUUGGAUUUACGUAGCAACAUUACCAGGCAGUGGUCCAUACGAUUUAAUUUGUGGCUAAUGAUCAUGGGAAAAAGAUCUUUAUGUUCUGCGGACUCAAAUAGUUGUUUGUGUGUGAAUAUGGAAUUGUGCCUCAAGCCAUUCAUUAUGGUUACUCAUUUUCUAAAAGGACUAGAAGAGUCUAGCAGUGUUGUGAUUUGGAAUCAGAAUAAAGAGUUGGCGAACGACAUUUGGUCGAUUAUUUGUGAAUUACGAAUAAAUUUGGUAUCUAAAUUGGAGCUUGGUUCCGUUGUUAAUUUGGGUUCGUAA